UGUCUCCCGGCACACCGUGGUAAAAAGAAAAGCCUUUGACAGUUAUGGUUGAUCAGCGUUUCUUUCAUCCCGCAUUAGUGACGACGGACGUGCUCGCGUACAAUAGCGUCCGUUUCCUAUUUCGUUUUGACGGAUUAAAAAUAAAAGACGCGCCGAAAUACCCAGCGAGCCUACAUCUUCAUCAAUGUGCGCGAGAUGACAUUGAGGAUACCUUAGCAGGACUGUGAGCUUGGCCAUCAUUUGCAGGAAAAUGCAUCUUUGGAUUCCAUAUGUUUUGCUGAGUGCAACGUCAGUGUGCACUGUUGAGAUGUUGGGCCAUUAUGGAGAAAUAUGUCAAGGACUAUGUGCCUGUGAGGAGAGAGAAGGGGUACUUACAGUGAGCUGUGAAAACAGAGGAAUCAAAAGUCUCUCAGACAUAAGCCCAGUCUUCUUUUCCCAGUAUCAUCUGCUGCUUACUGGGAAUCUUUUGAAAACGCUAUCUACCAAUGAUUUCAUUGAGUACAAAGGACUUACAAUAUUACAUCUGGGAAAUAAUGAAAUAUCUGAUGUUGAAGCAGGAGCUUUUAAUGGACUACAGGAAUUAAAACGAUUGCAUCUCAACAAUAACAAAAUCGAUGCCUUGAAGGAAGAGUUUUUCUUUGGCCUUGAAAGUCUGGAAUAUCUACAACUUGAUUAUAAUUAUAUCACUCAUAUUGUGCCAAAUGCCUUCAGCAGACUUCGACAUUUGGAGGUCCUGAUCCUGAAUGACAAUUUGAUAUCUACCCUGCCCGUAAACAUUUUCAAGCAUGUACCAUUGACCCAUUUAGACUUAAGGGGGAAUCAGCUCAAAGUACUUCCCUUCACAGGUCUGUUGGAGCACAUGAACAGUGUUGUGGAGUUGCAGCUGGAGGAGAAUCCGUGGAACUGUUCCUGUGAGCUGAUUGCUCUUAAAACCUGGCUCGAGAGCAUAUCAUACACAGCUUUAGUCGGGGAUGUUGUUUGUGAGUUCCCUUUUCGGCUUCAUGGGAGAGAUCUUGAUGAGGUUUCAAAACAAGAGUUGUGCCCGAGGAGAGCCAUUGCUGAAUAUGAAAUGCCACCCCUGCCACAUUUGAGCACUGAUGCAUACUAUAGAACCACGCCAGCUCUUACAGCCUCUUUCACCUCAUCUGGGUUUGCACGGUCCUCAUCAAGACCCACUAAGGGACCUCGCCAGUCAGCCAAAUUAAAAUCAAGACCCACAGCUCGCAUUUUAUCCAAUAAGCCACAAAAUUAUGGUCAAAUUAUUUCAUAUCAGACCAAAUCCCCUGUGCCUUUAGAUUGCCCAGCAGCCUGCACCUGCAAUCUUCAAAUUUCAGACCUUGGCCUGAAUGUGAACUGUCAGGAGCGAAAGAUUGAAGAGAUCUCCGACUUAAAUCCCAAACCUUACAAUCCCAAAAAGAUGUACCUAACUGGGAAUUACAUCACUGUGGUGCGCCGAUCAGAUUUUGUUGAUGCAACUGGAUUAGACUUGCUUCAUCUUGGUAACAAUCGAAUAGCCCAAGUAUAUGACAGAGCUUUUGCUGAUUUGGUAAAUCUAAGAAGACUAUAUCUUAAUGGCAAUUUAAUAGACCAUCUUACAGCUGAUAUGUUUUAUGGAUUAGAGAGCCUGCAGUUCUUAUAUUUAGAGUAUAAUGUCAUUAAAGAGGUUACUUCUGACACCUUUCAGCAUGUACCCAAGCUUCAGCUUUUAUUUCUGAACAAUAACCUGCUGAAAACUUUGCCAGAGGGAACAUUUACUGGUCUGACAUUAGCCAGACUCAAUCUUCGUAACAACCAUCUUCGAUAUCUGCCUGUCAGGGGUGUACUAGAUCAGCUUACGGCACUGGUACAAGUUGAUUUGUUUGAGAAUCCCUGGGAUUGCUCGUGUAGCAUACUGGAGUUGAAGACAUGGCUGGAGCAGCUCAGCACGGGCACAGUUGUAAACAAUGUCAUCUGUGGAUCUCCUAAGAAACUAGCUGGAGAGGAUAUGAGAUACAUUAAGACAACUAAUUUCUGCCCUAAUAACUCCGAUAUACUUGCCUCCAUGAUCCCACCGUCUGAAGAAUCUUUUCCUGGAAGCACUAUCACCAUAGAAACAUCCUUGGACUCUGACACUCAGUACAGCACCAUCCCUUUAUCUGUGAUGAUUCUUGCCCUUCUCCUCAUGUUCAUUAUGUCUGUGUUUGUGGCUGCAGGGCUGUUUGUGGCGAUGAAAAAGAGACGUCAAAAGAGUCAAAAUGAGCAGAAUAACUCAAUGAAUGCUUGCAUUAGCUCUCUCAACAUGGAAUAUGGCCUUUACAAAAAAGGAUCCAUUCCCAAAGUCAGGACAUCUAGUGGGCAUGUGUACGAAUACAUCCCACCUCCUACAGAAUCCACAUGCAGAACCACCGCUCACACCCCAAUGGACAAUAAAUCAGUGGAUGGAUUUAGAGACUUUGAUGAGUUGAGUGGCGCUUUCCUGGGUAACUCGGAUGAAGAGGCAGCCAGUAAUGUAAUAAGCUCAGAAUACAGUGCCACCACUCCAGAGCCUCUUAACAAACCCUCCACCCCUCACCAAACUGAUCCGUGCUACUACAGAGAUGCACUUGAGCCUGACAAGCAUACACGCUACUGCAAUACAUUACCAUGCAGACAUACAGCACAUUCAUCAAAUCAGCAUGCCACAGACUUUGAUGCGAGGAAUCAGUAUGUUCCCCCUGAAAGAAUACAACAGACAAUAUUGUAUUGUACAGCGCCAAGUACUGUUUAUGUGGAGCCUAACAGGAGUGAGUACUGGGAACUGAAAGCAAAGCUUCAUAUUGACCCAGAUUACCUGGAAGUUCUUGAAAAACGAACUACAUUUACACAGUUUUAAGAGACUUGGCUCACAGAUGGUCACAGCGGACAGAUUUUUGUGAUGUAUCUAUUUUAAUCAGGAAUCAUAACAUGUUAUAAAAGAUAAACUGGCAUAAUUAUUUCCUCAACUUUAGUACAGUGCAUUGGGAGCUGCAGCAGGCACUUCUCUGAGUUAUGCCUAACAGAAGUGAGUAAUAAAGGAGAACACAGUUUAUUUUAAAUUAUCACUUAACACUUUAUCCCUGUUUUGUUUAACAGUUUGGUUUAAUUUUAUAAAUAUAAACAAGGAAGCAUGGAUUCAGGGCUGUUAUGACUCAUCUCUAUCCUGGAGCUGUAUCAUUGACAACAAUGUGAGACUGAGCUUUAACUCUCAAAUUAGCUGCAUUUUAUGAGUGCUAAUGAACCUUGCAGACGACAUGUACUCGUCCCAAAAUAACACCAGGUUUUUGUCACAGAUACGUGUAUUGCUGCCACUUCUGUCUUUUCAAAAUGAUUCUAAAGGAAAUGCACAUACAUGAGACAAAAACAAAUGUAUUCUACAAAUAAAUUUACAGCCAUGAAGUUGACCUUUAUGUGCAGACAAAGUCACUUAGCCUAUUUAUCUGUUAGAAAAUUGUGGUCCGCUUAAAAAAUGAGCCAGGCCCAUUUAGCUAUGCAGUCCUUCAGGAUGCACAGCUCUGGGGUAAUAAUAUUUAAUGCAUUAGAUCACUGAAUAAAUUCUAGUGUAAUGUUUCAGAUCACAGACUCGUAAAUCUCCACUCCCUUGUUCCGAGGUUUGAAAGGGAGUAAUCACAAUAAUUAAUAUCCUACAAAUACACUGAACUGGCUCAGUACAGUAAAAUCACUCAAAGCCUACCAAUCUCCAAUCUAAUAGCACUUUGCGAUAUGAUCAUGAUCAUGAUUAUGAAAACAUGCUGCCUUGGAGUUAAACUUAGUGCAUUGUAAUUGUACUCAAAAAUGUUGUAACUAAAAUAUUAUAAUCAUAAGUGUAUUCAGGUGUAUUCUAAAGAAAAGAAAAUGAGCUUUAACUGUCGUUGUAUGUGAUGUGCUACAAAUGUGUGCAAAUAGUGUUUCCGGCAUUUUACAUAAACAUACGCUUACACUCUCAUUUGUUUCUUGUACGACAACCAAAGCGGUCCAUAAAAUAAUAAAAAAAAAUAUAUGCAAAUUUUGUGACAUCCACAAGUUUACAUCAAAACACAGUCCUGUGAAGUAUUGAACCUAUACAAACUCUUUGCUAUAAAUGUCAGAAUACAUUUACUGUUGUAUCCCAGUUACAAUACAUUUGAGUGAAUUUACAAUACAAUGAGAUAUAGCUGCAAAGUCUUCUGUAUGAAACUCAGUUCAGAAUCUUUAAAUGUUUUGGCCUUAGGUGUAAACAGCAUAAAUAUGUCAUUUGAAUAACUGCAAAUUUUUAUGCAAACAAAUAUGGUUAUUGAGCUUUUUGUCAGUUAAUGAUUUAUUUGGAUUGCUUUUACAAAAAGAAAAUGCACUAUGACUUUUGCAGGUCAAUAAUGAUGUCACUUUAUGAAAUGCACAAUAUAGUAAUGUGCAUAUAGCCAUAGAAAUAGGUUUAAUAAUUUCAUUCAUAAAGAUUACAUCUGUCAAAACUCUUGCACUAUGCAUAGAUAUAGAUUAUUCUUAGACAAUCUGCACAAAAUGCCCAUCGCUCACCCCCUCAGUCACCAAACAUCUCCCAUAAACAUAAAAUUUAAUAAUACUAUCACAUCCCAUAGCUGCUCAUUUGGAAUUCAGCACACAUGAAUAUUCAGAGGUACUUUUGUACCACAUUUUGGAUAAUUCAUUUAUUUGAAAAUGUAAUAUAUUUUUCAUUACGUGCGUUUUUAGGGGAACACUGAGUGGAUUCGUUUGGCAUUCUUUGUCUCGUUUUUUUUUGGUUUGGGGUCACAGGAAAUUAGACAGUUUUACUGCAAUUAGCAAGUCUCCGUUUCUCUCCUUUUAGAGAAGGUUGAUGGUUAAGUUUAACAACUGUGUACAGAUCUGAAAGAGCUUUAGGUUUAUUAGAUUGAAAAGCACAAUAAAUGAAUGCAGCAACUGAAUGGAUAGAGUCAUAUUUAUAUAUAAAAUGCUCUAAAGGAAGCUAAGCACAUCAUCUAGUCAUAAUGCAGCCUAAUCAGUUUCUAGGUCAAUAGUGAAUGCCUAGAAAUGUGACUUUCCCUGCAAACAUACAGCAAAUUUACAUCAUAUGCAGUAUUAUGCACUGAACCUGUCAUUUUAAUUCAGCUAAUUACAGGACAUGGUGUUUCUGGACCCUGUCUGCAUGUCACCAAAUAUUACACUGCAGCAUUAGUCAUGCUGUUUACCAAGGAUACAGUCUGGGUUUGUUGCCUUUCACAUGUUCAGAGUCAUUUUGUGAUUCUUUUGUCUCUUGACCUGUCUCUGCUCUUUGGAAAAUCAGCAGAACAAAUGAACUGAAAUCUACACAGAAAAGCAUGUACCUACACAGCAGGUUUGUUUUUAAAGAUUACAUUGCUGUGAAGUCGAUGUUGAAAACAAUGUAAAACUGCAGACAUUCACAGACAGAUGCACAAAAAUGUUUGUGUUGUGAACAGCGAGUGGCAUUUAGAUGAUUGCUUCAGUUCUUACAUUUCUUUUUUUUUAAAUGUGUCAGAAAUUUUGUACAUCCGAAAUAAUGCAACAAAAGAGUGGAUAAUCCGGCAUUAAAAGGCAAAUAGUAUAUUCACAGAUGAUUCCACAUUUAAUUUUAUUUCUCAUUUAAAUGUUUUUCUUUUUUUUAAACAAUCUUAAAAAGGCAACCAUGUAAUCAAACAACAGUAUUUACUGUAUAUAACAGAAAUUGUAAUAUGUUUUCUCUUUUUCAGAUUUUUGCAAUCAUUGACCAACUGCACAUUUUUUUUUUUGUCAUGUAAGACUAUAAAUACCGAUAAUCCAAAAAUGUGUUAAAUUGAAAUGUGACUGUCCUGUGUAAAUGUGCAGACGAGAAAAGGUGAACUCAGUGUCUUAUUCUAAUUCUCUUUUGUUUGUUUUGUUUGUUUUUCAUAUGAAACAGUGAUUUCCUGUGUAAACCUUUGAUUUGUAAAUAGAACACUUCAUCAGCAUUUUCUUGCCAACUUGCACCAUUUUUUUUUUUCUUUUUUUGGAAACGCAAAAACCUGGUCUCUUCUUACAAAAAACACAGUACAACUAGGAAUAUGUGGGGUAAAUAUAUCUGCAAUGUGCUGUUUCUUUAGUUGUUAGCUAAUGAAUAAAACAUAUGCAUUCA